CCCAAGGCGAUGUUAUGUCGGUAUACAGUUACAGGCGCUUCGGGGUCCGUGACACCCCGGAUGCCAUAAUGUCCGCAUGCAGAGAGUGUUGCCCAUGCUUAGGGGUCCCUAACACCCCAAGGCAAUAUUAUGUCGCUAUACAGUUACCGGCCCUUCGGGGUCCCUGACACCCCGGAUGCCAUAAUGUCCGCAUGCAGAGAGUGUUGCCCGUGCUUAGGGGUCCCUAACAUCCCAAGGCGAUGUUAUGUCGGUAUGCAGAGAGCGUCACCUGUGCCUCGGGGUCCCUAACACCCCAAAACGAUAUUAUGUCGGUAUGCAGUUACCGGCGCUUUGGGGUCCUUAACAUCCCAAUAUGCUAUCAGGUCGGUAUGCAAAGAGAAUCCCAUCUCUGUCGAAACUUGGUUUUUGCAAACUAUAGUAUGUUUAUAAUUGUUGUUGACGUUCCUUAAUGACAAUAACAUCUUUUUAAAUUUAGGAUGUCAUCCGAAACACCACACAUGUGUGAUACCCUCAGAAUUCUUCAUUUACCAUCAGAACUUUCUAAUGACAGACGUAAUGAGUUACUUCAAAAAUAUGGAGCUGUUAAAACACGAACCUUAAGACCUUCUAAGAAGUACACUGUAACUUUUGCAAAAUUCAAAUCACAACAAGCAGCUACAGAAGCAUUGUUACGUUUACAUCAAUUAAAUGUAAGGGGGCAAUAUAUAACAGUUGAGUUUGCUAAGAAAUCUAUAUCAGUAGAGAAUUCAGAGCAAAAUGUUGAUAAUAACAAACUUAUAAAUGAGGAAAAUAAGAAGGAAUCUAUAAGCAAAUCUAACUUUCAAGCUUUUUUACAAAAAUUAAACAGUUGGACUAUGAAUCAAGUCUUUACUCAACCACCUCCACCAAAUAUACAAUAUAAAUAUUCAACACCAACCAGAAGUACUUUAGCAAGAAUAGCCAUACAGUUAUUGAAAGAACCAGCUUUUUACACACAGGUUUUACACUUAAUGAACAGAAUGAAUUUACCACCUCCCUUUGAAGAACUGGAAGCAGAAUUUCCAGCAUUGAAAGAAGUUUAUGACAUGGAAAAAUAUAAAGAUAUAUUUGGUAAAGAAAUUCUAUAUGAUAAAGAGAAUCAAGGUAUGUAUGAUGAAGAAGUAGAAGAGGAUGAAUCUGAAAUGGAAUCUAAUGAAGAAGAUAACACAAAACCUUUAGAAAUUAUUCCUGUUAAAAGAAAACGUAUGCAAUCGAGUAAACGACUAAAAAUUCCGAAAUUUGUUAAUCCUGCUAAACAAGUUAUACCCCAAAGUUCCACACAAAAGGUUGUAAAACCAGAAGAUAUGUUUGAACCAGUACAACGCGGAGAAACAAAGAAUCUUAAAAUUGAAUUAAAAACCGUGGAUAAAUUAUUAGAUUCUUCAAAUAAGGAAGAGAAUCCUGUUCCUGAAAAUACAACAGAUAGUGGUUUUGGGUUAAUGUUCCCAGCUUCCAAAGAUCUCGAAACGAUUGAAACUAAUGAAAAUACUGAAUACGUUCAGCGAGAAAUAAUUACAUCUGAAGAAUUAGCAAAUAAUAGAAUAUCAACUAAUGAUCAAAGGUUACUUCCUGUAUUUAAAAAUUAUCAUCCUGGCAAGCCAUCAAAUCGACUGUACAUAAAGAAUCUUGCAAAACAAAUAGAAGAGAAGGAUCUUCAUUUCAUUUACCGAAAAUAUGUGAUACCUGACCUAAAAACAGACUAUGAAUACGACGUGCGUCUUAUGCAAGAGGGUAGAAUGAAGGGACAAGCAUUUGUUACGCUACAGAGUAUAGAACAGGCACAAUUAGCGCUUGAUGAGACCAAUGGUUAUAUUUUAAAGGAUAAACCAAUGGUUGUACAGUUUGCUAAAGCCGCAAAAAGUUAACAAAACUAAUAUCUUUUUAUUUAUAUGUAUUAUUUUAGGUAACGGUACUUUUAAUAAAAAAAAGCAUUAAUUACA